UCAGUACAGAGGCGGUUGAACCCAUGGCCUCGCUCAACAAACUUGCCAUUCGAGGCAUUCGCUCAUUUGAUGACAAGAACAUCGCUGUUAUUGAGUUCUUUUCUCCUGUGACUGUCAUUGUCGGACACAACGGUUCAGGAAAGACGACAGUUAUCGAGUGCCUCAAGUAUGCUACCACUGGUGAUCAGCCUCCGAACUCGCGAGGCGGCGCCUUCGUCCAUGACCCGAAGAUGGCGAAUGAGAAGGAGGUCAAGGCGCAGGUGAAGCUUAGAUUCGUCGCAGCAAAUGGCCAGAGAAUGCUUGCUGUUCGAAAUCUUUCUGUCACUGUGAAGAAAACCGCUGGGUUGACAAUGAAGACGCUUGAAAGUAUCCUUUCACUUGCCGAUGGAAACCCGAACGGAAAGAGGGCGACGAUAUCGACCAAAUGUGCCGAGAUUGAUGCUGAAAUACCAAAUCUUCUUGGAGUCUCCAAGGCUGUCCUAGAAAAUGUUAUCUUCUGUCAUCAAGAAGACUCGUACUGGCCUUUGGCUGAGCCAGCAGCGUUGAAGAAGAAAUUCGAUGAUAUAUUCGAAGCUACACGAUAUACAAAGGCUCUUGAUGCGAUCAAAGCGUUACGCAAAGAACGAGUUGCAGAACUUAAAGUUGACAAAGAAAGGCUAGAAUCUUUGUCACGAGAGAAAGCUCAUGCCGAUAAACUCAAAGCCCGUGUCCAUGACUCACAAUCCUCCAUCUCCGUUAAAGAAAUGCGGCAUGAGAAGCUAAGAGAAGAAUGCGACCAGCUGAUCGCGUCAAACAAGAGAUUCUACGAAUCAGCCACGAAGUUCCGCGAGAAGUACAUUGAAAUUGAGCAUCUGCAAAACGACGUUGAGCGAUAUACUAAAGACCUUGAGGAAGCGAUGGCGCACGUAAAGGAAAUGACAGAGUCGGACGACCAGCUUGCAGAACGUCGUCGAAACUUUGACCGCUAUAAGAAAGAGGCGGAACAAAAGUUAUUGCGCGAGGAAAGGCGACUGCAAGACACAUUGGAAGACCUUGAGACUGCACGAAAGAACUUGAUGACUCUUCGUCAAGAACGUGGAGGACUUGAAGCAGAAAAGAAGAAACAUGAACAAGAUGUUGAGGAGCGGGAUAAGGAGAUCCAUCGCAUUGCCGAGCAGUUCCAUUUCAGAGGGUUUGAACGAUUACCUUACGAAAGGGAGCAACUUUUAUCCUUUAGAGGUCUUUUAGAUGACAUGGCAAAGAGGUCCAUCGGGCAUCUAGAGAAACUUCAGGGCGAAGCAGCAACGGCUCAAGCUGAAUUCAAGGAUAAGCAAGCUAAUCUGCAUACUGAACACAGGCUAUUGGAGCAGCAGAAGUUCAAUUUGCAGGACCAGAUUGCCUCACUACAGAAGUCAAUCUCGACAUCAGAAUCCACCCUCAGCUCAGGUCAUUCCUUGCCGCGAGAGCUAUCCACUCUUCAAGCGGACAUGCAAGAAAAGGCUGCUCGCAUCGAGAGCAUUAAGUCAGAGAUUAAAGACGCCAUGUAUGAAGCGAAGAUUCAAGAGGCGUCGAAUAAAAUCAGGGCUCUGGAAGAAAAGCGCGAGAACCUCAAUCAAGAGCUGAAGAACCUGAGUCUCCAGGCGGAUGCGAGAGCCAAGUUGGACCUCAUUCGAGCUGACGUUCAGAAGAAGGCCCAGGACAUGAAAGAUAUUAUUGAGAUCAAUAACGCGAAGUUCAGAAAACUAAUUGGUCUCGAUAUCCGAGCUGAGAAUAUGGAACGUGACGUGGAUAGAACACUUGGCCAAAAGGAACGGGAAGCCGCAGAUAUUGAAAACGAUGCAAACGAUGCCAACGCUAACCUCAGGCAUCUGGAAUCGACCGUCUCGACUAUGACGAGCCAAUUAAAGCAAAAGCGCGAUGACCUGAAAGGUCUUGAUAAGAGGCUCAAGGACGAGCUUGAGGGACAUGCGUCAGUUCAGACUGCCCUCGACGAGGCAGACGCUGAACUUGCAGACCGCCGAGCACGCCUUACUACUGGUGAAGGCACGAAGAAAGUCUACGAAUUGCUUCUAAGAAGUGGAAAGGCUUUGAAAAAGUGCACUGCAUGUAACAGGGCUCUGGGUGACCACGAAAUGAAGGACUUUGAGAAGCAUCUUGAAGGCCAAAUGAACAAGUUAUCGCCAGAGGCUCAGGCGGAGAUCAAAGAAGAAGCUAAGGAAUGGGAGGACGAAGUUAAACGGCUACAAGGUCUUUUGCCGAUGGAAUUGACACGAGACAGGUUGAAGGCACAAGAAAUCCCUCAGCUUGAGACACGUCUCAAGCAGACCGAAGCCAGUGUAUCAGAAGCGCUCUCAUCCAAGGAUAUCGCCCAGGAAAAGCUCGAGAAGAUGCGACAGGAGUUGAAGGAACUACAGACUCUGAAGCAACAGGCGUCGACUGUGACUGAUCUCAGAGCGUCUUCCGAACGGUUGCGAGGAGAGGUGGCUAGAUUGGAAGAAAGCCUAUCUGCAACAGGGUCUGUGAAAACGGCGGACGACGUACAGGAGGAGCUAGCGAACCUCAGUACAGAAAUACGAAAAUUGGAAAGAGAAAAAUCUACUAUUCAGAACGACCGCGAACAACAAAUCAAUCGUUUACGGCGACAAGAAGAUGAGCUAAAUGCCAUCAAGCUUCAAGAGAGCUCGCUUCGACAUAAAGUGCAGGAGCAGAAACUGGUCGAAGACAAGCUUGUCACCAUGCAACAAGAACUGAAGGAGUCGUCGGAGAGAUUGAAGAGUCUUGAGGAAAAGAUCAAGACAGCACUACAACCUCUUGAACGUCUUCAGCGUGAAUAUGAUCUCUUUAAGGAGGAGUCAGAUGAGCAAGUCAAGAAGGCGCAAGAACAGUGCGAGCAAGUUCGCCGAAAUCAGGAUGCUCUCGGAAGAGCAAACAAGGAUAUAGAAGUGUACGUUCGCAAUCGGCGUGGUCGCGAACUCCAGCGAUGCGAAGAGAAUAUUGAUGCCUGCGAAGAAAGCAUCCGUGAGCACGAGUCCUCAAUCGAGGAGAUCCGCAAGACGAAAGGCGGAUUGGAGAAGGAAAUUCAUGAAAGUGAUAGCUUCCUCGCCAACCUCAGGGAUAACGAACGUAUCAGGAAGCUGAGGAAGAACAUCGCUGAAAACAAGGAGAAAAUUGAAGCCUUCGAUAUGGAGGAGGCUGCGAAGGCACGCAGACAGUUUGACGAAAAGUAUGCUGCGGAGAAGAAACGGGAAGGUGACAUGGAAGCAGAGUACUCUCGUCUUGGUGGGGAGUUGAGUUCAUUGAAGGAUCAACUGAAAGUUCUUGAGAAAGAUUUAAGCGAAUUCAAGGAUGUCACCAAACAGUACACUGACCAGUUGAUCAAGGUCAAAAUGUCAGACAUGGCCAAUAACGAUCUGGAAAAAUACGCAAAGGCACUCGACAAUGCCAUAAUGAAAUACCACAGUUUGAAAAUGGAGGAGGUAAAUGAUACGAUGCGUCAUCUCUGGAAUAAGACGUAUCAGGGAACAGAUAUCGAUGGUAUUAAAAUUCGUUCAGAUGUGGAGGGAGGGGCAUCAAAGCGCUCAUAUAAUUAUCGGGUGGGUUCUUUAUCAUAUAGUCCGCACAUGCCCUUCAUGCGUACAGAAAAGGUCGUCAUGACCAAAGACCAAGUUGAAAUGGAUAUGCGCGGCCGAUGUUCCGCUGGUCAGAAGAUGCUGGCGUCGAUUAUAAUUCGGUUGGCGCUAUCGGACUCCUUCGGACAAAACUGUGGUAUUCUUGCAUUGGACGAACCAACUAAUGCACUUGACGUCGAAAACAUCGACGCCUUGGCCGCGAGUCUAGUGGAUAUUAUCAAUGAACGGAAGAACCAUGCGAACUUCCAGUUGAUAAUUAUCACGCAUGACGAGAACUUCCUUCGGAAACUUGGGCAGGCAAACGUCAUGGAGUACUACUGGCGAGUAUCUCGUGAUUCCAGGCAGAAAUCCAUUAUCGAGAGGCAACGAGUAGGAUAAAUGUCGCGUUCUUCUGUCUGCCAUUCAUUACUCAAAAUCAUGUU